UGGGGAGCGGAGGGGUCGCGGGGGCGGUGCCUGGGGAGGCGGGGAGCGCCUGAGGAGAGACGGAGGGUGUCUGGGAGGCGGACGAACCUGUAGGCCGCAACAGCAGCAGCUGCCCUCACAAAAUGGCGGAGGGCGACAACAGGAGCACCAACCUGCUGGCUGCAGAGACAGCCAGUUUGGAAGAACAGUUGCAAGGAUGGGGAGAAGUAAUUCUGGUGACUGACAAAAUCCUUCGCUGGGAAAAACCUUGGUUUCCACCUGCUAUAAUCAGUGCUGUUUCCUUUGUCUUUCUGAUGAUCUACUACUUGGACCCGUCUGUUCUUUCCGGAGUUUCUUGUUUUAUUAUGUUACUUUGUUUGGCUGACUACCUUGUACCUGCUCUUGCUCCUAGAAUUUUUGGCUCCAGUAAAUGGACUACUGAACAGCAGCAGCGCUUCCACGAAAUCUGUAGUAAUCUUGUAAAAACACGACGCAGGAUCGUUGGUUGGUGGAAACGUCUCUUUGCGUUUAAGGAAGAAAAGCCUAAAAUGUAUUUCACUACAAUGCUGUGCUCGUUAUCUGUGAUCGCCUGGAUAGGACAGCAAGUUCACAACCUUUUCCUCACUUAUCUUAUCGUGAGCUUCUUUCUGUUGUUUCCUGGAUUAAACAAACAUGGGAUUAUUUCAAAAUACGCUGGGAUGGCAAAAAGGGAGGUCAACAAGCUCCUGAAGCAAAAGGAGAAGAAAAACGAAUGAAGCUCUGCUCGCUACUGCACUCCACGGUGUAUUGUGUUCUGGGAACAAUUCAUUAGAAUUAUUGUGUGUUUAGUAGAAUAGCAGUGCUUAUUUCAGUCAUAGCCUUUUAACUUUAAAAUGGGGUUCCCUCUUUUUAAAUAGGAUCUGUGUAGUUAAUUUGACCACACAGUAAAUACAGUCUGCUAACACAGGCAAGUCAUUCCAAUAAUAAAUGCAACUAGCAGCCUCAUAGGGUGGGAAGGUUGUUAAUCAGUGUUGUGGCGUAAACAUUUUGAUUGUAUUGAUGUUUUAUUGCAAGUGGAAAGACACUGGUUAGCAUUCUCCAUUCCUGUUAAAUGAUUUAAGGGAUCUCUGUUGGCUCUCUAGAUUUAUUUCCUGACACCCCCACAAAUGAAGUUAACAAGCUCCUUUCCAAAGUUGUGAGCCACAGACGAUAUGGAUAAAUAGGGCUUCUAAUCAGCUUGGUCUGAGGUGUGUCACUACUUCUGGUAGUCCAAGUUGCUUGCACUUGAAAGUAUGUGGAAAACUGAAACUAGGGAUUCACAGAGUCAGUUUUCUUCUAACUUAAUUGCUGUAGUUUUGGAGUUGUGUAACACGUGUUUAGGUUUUUUUUAAUGGUCUGUAUACAAAAUCAUGUUAAAUACUUGAUGCACAAGACUCACAAGUAAGUCUGUCUUUGAUGUUUUAUGUUUUCUUAAUGCUGUUUUAUUACUGUGUUUAAGUAAAAAUAUAUAUAUAUGUGUAAUGUGUUAAAAUGAUAGGUCUCUUAAAUUUGUUGCAUAACGAAAAUUCUGUUCUAAUUGUAAAGAGAUAAACAGUGUUAUCCUUGUCAAUUUGAAAACAGACUAAAGAUAUGCUGAAAUUUGCUUCUUACCCUGUAGGCAAUACAAGGAUGCAACGAAGAGAUGUGGGUGCUUGUUACUGCCUUACAGGGGAAAGCUCUGCCUAUUUUAAGCUAGCAUGCUACAUUAUUCUGCCAAAUACUGCAGUUCUGUAAACAUUUGGGAAGCAAGUAUUCUUAAGAUGGCACAGUUAGCAACUUCACCUACUCUUACAUACAGGCAAAAAUGCCAUAAUUGUCUGAUAACAAAAAUUCUAGCUGAUUCUUCCUAGAACUAACAUGAAUGUAAAUAGUGCUUUUUAUCAGCACUCAAACUGCUAAUCGGCCACACCAGUGUACUGUACUGGACCCUUACAUACAUUCUGAUCCCAGUAAAAGUAGCAAAUUCUUUAUUUAUAACUAUAUAUUGGAGAGUUUUGAGUGAGGAAAAUAAUAUUUCAAGGUCCUUAUGCAGUGUAGUUCGAUUACCUUUGACACAUGGGAUUCAAAAUUGGCCUGUCUUGGUUUUUUGAAAUUGACAGAACCGUUCAGUUUGCUUGAUGUCUGAUCAAGCAGCAGCUACACCCCCAGAUACUGCUGGUUAAAGGCGUCCAUGAUGCAAGCUGCUACAGUAUAGGGAGGAGCCCUAAGGCACAUUUAGGUGCUCUCAAUCAUUUUUCCUUUUGAGGGUGAUGUUUUCAGAAUGCUAGUUUGGUUAUCAGCUCACUGACCAUUUCCUCUCCAUGCAGUUAUCACCUUUGCUUACUAUUUCUUCAGUUCUAGUUUUAGAUAUAGCCCAGGAAGGGAGGAGUUAGUUCAGAGGAGAACAUUUAUAGUUGCUAAGUGAAUUGCUUUUCUUUCACUGUCACCUUUAAGGGCUACCACAGUUAUGCACACUGCAACAGUGUGAAAAUAAAGCUUUGAGAAACGUCAACCAUUUUUGGGACACUGGUGACAUCAAAAUUACUUAUUGGAAGGAACUGCUUGGAAAAAAUGAUUGCUUCUUCCCCUGCCCCCCUCCUCUUAUUUUGUAUAUGUGUUUUUUAAGGGGCUUUCUAAACCCAUACUACUAACUUGGGCACACAGCAAUGGCAAAUAUUAUAUGUAAUUGGGGGAGGAAUGAAAAUGAAGAGGAUGUACUUACUUGAAAGAGCUGGUUGAGUAGAAGAGUGAAGAGAAAUGCGGGUGGGGGAGAAGUUUGUGUAAUUGCUGUUUUUGUUGAUGUUGCUGCUUUCUUUUGAUUGCAUUGGUAUGUAAUAUGGAUGGUAAAUAUUUAGCUAGGAAGCUAAAACUGAAUUAAAAAGUUAAUAUGAAAAA